AUGUCGUUCGCUCAGUCACCGUUCGCUCAGGCGCAACAGCAGCAACAGCAGCAGCAGCCGCCUCAACACCAGCCCGCUCAGCAACAAUUCGGCAUGGCUCAAAAUAACAUGGCCGCUGCAGUAGCUGCUGCCUUGCAAUCCGGUCAGAUUCCACCGCAGCUCCAGGGGCUCACUCAGCAGCAAAUCAGGCAGCUGCUCACGCAGGGACUCUCGGCUGCUUCCCAAGGCCAGCAGCACCCCCCACCUCAGCAACAGCAGAACCAGCAAGGCAUCCACGCAAAUAUGCAGCAAAGCCAGCAACAGCAACAGCAGCAGCAGCAGCAGCAGCCGCAACAGCACCACCAAAUGGCUCAUUCUCAGAUGAACAAUGGUCAGCCUAACAACUCCGGUAUGCCCGCUUGGUUCGCGCAGAUGCAAGCUCACCAGAACCAUGCGCAAGGCAACGGAUCUGGUGUUGGGCUUCCUGCAGGAAUGCAGCCUCAUCCCUCGCAGCAGCAGUUUCAACAGCCGAAUCAGGCCCAUGGUUCGCCCAUGCAGUCUUCUCCAGCGAUGCAGCAUGUGGCUCCUUCACGGCCGCCCUUCCCGGCUCAGCAACCACAUCAACCACCAGGUGGUCUCGUGUCCGGCGCACAGGCGGCGGCAAGCGCCGCUCAAGCGGCAGCGAUGAACCGUCAGCAGGCAGCUUCGAACGCGAAUGCAACAAAUGCUUCCGUCGCCGGUGCCAACGCUCCGGGAAUGGGCGCCGUGCGUCCCCAGAUGGGCCUCGCUGGUAUGCCCCCAGCUCUGCAACAUGCCAUCGCACGUGCCAAAAACGGUCAAUUAGAUCCCACGACUUUGCAAAAGCUGAGAAGUGCAAUCAGUUCAUGGCAGCAGGGCCAGCAGCAGCGGUCAACGCAACAGGGAUUAGGCCAACAAUCUGCACCGUUUGUAUCGCACGGCCAGGUGCCUCCUCAACCAAGACCGCCUCCGGCUACGCAGCCUCAACAAGCGCAACCUCAGAUGCCCAUGCCAGGUUCACAGCACCAUACGCCCCACAUGAACCACGCGCAACCUCAACCGCAAAUGGGAACUCCCACCAUGUCACAUUCGUCGCCCGCGCAGCAGAGUGGCUUGCAGCAUCUCCAGGGGCCGAUUGGAAACCAGACACAUGUUCUGAGGCCGCCAGGCGGUGCCAUCGGUCAGAAUGCAGCCAUUCAUCCACCCCAGGCUCCAACGGAUGCUGAGAGCAACGAUCUGAUGCGGCUGCUGUCUGUUGCGCAGAACCGUAUUCGGGACUUGGAACCGAAGCUGGCCGCCGCAGACACUCCCCAAGCUCGAGAGCACUUCGAGAAGCAGAUGAACGACUCCAAGGCUCUCCUGCAGAAGGUCUUGUCGCUUCGUCAAGAACAGAUACACCGUCAGCAGCAACAACAGCAACAGCCGGGGCAGUCCACCAUCGCAGUACCUAGACAUCCACCGCAACCCGGAGCCCAGGGUCAACAAAACCAGCCGGGCGUGGGCGGAGAUUCUUCGAUUCGACCUCAGCCAGUGGCCCACAACCAAGCACCGGGGAAUCAGCAAACCUCUUCUGCGCCAGGAGGAAUGGUCAUGAAGCCUGAGAACUUCAUGCGCGCGCUUCUCGAGAUUCACGCGAAGCAGGGCUCUCCUCAGAAUGCCCAGGUGAAGAUUGGCAAUCGCGCACUUGACAUGUACCGAUUUUACAUGCUCGUGCAAGCUCACGGUGGAAGCAAGAGCGUCUCUUCCAAGAAUGCGUGGAGCGAAAUUGCCACGGCGUUGGAUCUUCCUCUUCAAGUCCAUGAACACGUCGCAGUCUGGUACCGUAAUUCGUUGCUGCCCAUCGAAAACAUGUGGCUCAACGCGACGGUGAGCUCGAUUCAGCAAAGGCUGCUGCAACAGCUCCAGGCACAGAGCGGGCCUCACGCGCAGCCUGCAGCUCUGCAAAUGCAAGCCAACGCUCAAGCUGUCGCUCAUGCUCAGUCGCAAGCGCAGCAGACGGCUCAACAAGCUCUCAGACAUAUGGCGGCGCAGAAUGCUUCGAUGAACCAGGGCGGGCCCAGUCAUGCGCAAGCCCCGCAAGUCCCACAGCAACCGCCUCAAGCACCAACACAGCAACAGGCUGGCACUCCACAACGUCCUCCCAGCGCAGCCGCAUCCGAGAUCCCUCAGCAGCUCACUCCGGCGCAGCUCGCACAGAUUGGUCUGACUCAAGAUCAAUUCACCGCGAUGAUGCGUUCAGGACAGGGACAGCAGCUCCGCGAGCGCUUUUUGCAGAUGCAACAGCAACGGCAACAGCAGAACGCGUCAGGGGCUCUUGCUGCUUCCGCUGCUGCCAUGAAGCCUCCAGGCGCGCCUGUGCCGCAGGCGCAGAACGCCUCGCAGAUGCCACCUCACAUGCAGGCCAGGCCUCCAGGAUUUGGGGAUGCGUCUCAGCAGCAUGGCCAGUACCAACCGCAGGGACAACCUCCGCUGCACACGGCCAAGCAAGAUGGUAACUCUGGCAUGGUCUGGAUCGCAAAUGCGCCUGGCAGCGGACCGCAGCCAGGCCAGGGUGGUCCUCAUGAGGUUCGGGAGCUGCGAGUUUCAGAAGCAGACUUGAGCAAAGCGAAGGAGGUGAUGAUGAGGAUGGAUCAAGAACUCAGCAGAUCGAGACGUGAGUACACUGGCUCGUGGAUGUCGUCUGGAGUGCAAACAGCUGACGUCCGCCGCAAGGCUCGUCCACAUCAGCACGCUUGGAGGUGAAGGAACUUGCUGAGGCGGAGAAAGAAUCCAUCUUCAGUCACGUCGUAUCCCUUGGCGACAUUUGCGAUCAAGUCAACGCCUUGCUGCCUGCUUUUUUUGCCAUCAAUCGCAACAUCGAUGCUGCUCGACGACUAAAGAUCAUGUCUUUCAUGUUCAAAGACCAGCUAGACCUCGUGCCACGACGCCAAUGCUUGCUCUCACUCGGUGAUCUCGAGAAGCUGAAGACUCAAAUCCACCGCUGCAUCAGCUUCGUCAAGACGAGUGCUCCAGCUCUGGCAGAGCAUCUGCUCUCUAGCAUGCAAGCUGAGCGAGAGCAAUCGCGUGCUAGCGCGCAUUGGCAAGCGUUGCAAGCGCAGCAACAGCUUCAGCAGCAACCGAACCAGCCCUCCACGAUGCCUCCGGCUCUUGGUCAGCAGCCGAUCGGUCAACCUCAGCACGCGCAGCCUCCGCCGCUGGCCCCUGCACCAACAGCCCCUAUUCAAAACAUUGCCCCGGCUGCACCAGAUGCACCCGAUUCGGACGAAGCCUUGGCUUCCAUGCACGGCAUCAAAAGAGGCUUGCGUGUCGAAGACCUCAAGCCGCCGCCGGUCAAGCGAGGGAAAGCAACUGCCGCCACUGCGCAGCAAAAUGCACCAGCUGCGGCUCAGGCCAAGUCACCCGCUGCUGGCCGACUUGGCCAACUCAACAACGCUGAGAGUCCCGGUCCAUCCAAGGUGGAUUCGCCGAAAGCUUCCGCUGCUUCUCCACCCGCCGCCAAGGGUGGAAAGAAGGCGUCAGCCGCGAAGGGCAAGGCUGCUCGUAAGACCAAGGCCGAGAAGGAAAAGAACGACGAGGCUACUGCCACCGCUGCUCGCUCGAAGCCCAAGACUAGCGCUGACAUCAUGGCCGAAGUCAAGCGUGAGAUGGCAGAAGCUGAGGCAAAGCGCAAGGGUGAAGCGGGCGGCGUGGAUGUAGAUGGCAAUGUUGCACCGUCUCAGAAGCCAGAGGAUGGCACAAUCCAGCCACCUCUUUCCAAGCCUUUGACGCAGCGCGAGCGAGAUGACAUGCUCGCCCAGCAAGAUCCAGCAGCCUUCGUCGAUGCCGCUUGGCAGGAUCUUGUAGCGCCCAACGGUAGCGGGGCUGGUACAUCCGUACCUCUCGCAGAUGCCCAGAGUCUAGAGGGUCUGCUAGCUAUGCUUGGUCAGGAGCCUGGGCCUGGCGGUGCGUUCGUUGAUACUGCCCUGCCCGCGACGGAUGCAAAUGCGAACGCUGCAUCAGCAGCUUCCGAGGCACCGCCUCAGCCAGAGGCCAACAUCGAAGUCGACAUGUUCGACUGGAUCGACGAAUCUUAUUUGGACGAGCCGCAGGCUGAGUUGUCUGCGUUUCUCGGUGGAGGCGCGCCGCACGUGACUCGCGAAGAGCCUCCAGCGCAAACGCCAGACCUUGUGCCCAGUUCUAAAUUGCCCUCUGGCUCUUCAUCGAAUUCCAGCUCGAUGAUCAUGGCAAAGGGCUCUAGCAAUCUGAGCAACACGAUCAACGCUUUGGAUGGCGUGGUGCGCAUUUCGAGCAGCCCUAGUGGCAUGGAUAGCAGCGACGACAGCGAGCCAAGUCCCGAAGAUCUCAUCAACUCGAUCACUGGCGCUGCUGGUGGCUCAAACGAUGAGGCUGGUCGGCGAGCAUCACAAAAGCGUAAGAGCGAAGAAGAUUGGUGGGACACAGAGCAUCAGCCUCAAUUGCAGCCUUGGGCAAUCGUGUCCUGA